UGGACGGUACGUCUCAUCGUUUUCAGGUGUUUUCUGUAGUAGUGUUCCUUUAUGGUGGACACUAUGAGUGCGUACUCCAAUAGUACAACUGGUAGGCGACGAUUGAUCACUAAAACAGAUGCCGAAGAAAAAGCUCUCGAUAAAAUUUCCCGCGAGGCGGAAGCGCGUAUGCGAGUGAAACGCGAGACUCGUGAACAAGCGAGGCAACAUAGGUACACUCUUUUGGAAAAACGUGUUGAGGAAGAUGCUGAGGCAUAUCGCCAAGACGCAGCGUCUACCUCUAAUGGUCUUCAGAACGGGAGUGAGUGCAGCGAAAAGCUACAGGACAAGGUAUUGGAGUUGGAAGACAGGUUUCAACAGGCCAUGUUUCUCUAUUCUCAAUUAGAUAACGAAAAGUCGUCUUUAUUGUAUGAGGUUGAUCUGCUGAAAGAUGACCUGGAAGAGAAGGAAGUUUUGCUCCAACAAUCGAACCGAGAAUGUCGCGACCUUACUAGCGAAGUGAAGUUAUUGAAAAGGACAAUAGAAGCAAUGAAUGCCACUCAGCAAAAUUUGAAAGCUGAGAUUGCCCAACGGGAUCAUUUGAUACAGGAGAAUGGUCUUGUGUUAGUCGAGCAAGAGGCUGACGAAGCAUCUCAAGUCUCUGUAGAAAGCAGUGGAUCUUCUAUUAGCAUGAAACCGGGUCCGUUGCUGUUUUCCGCUGAAACUAUCAAGUUAGUGGAGCGUGCAGUACCUGGCUCAUCAAGUCUUGAUCAGAAAGUUCGGAAGCUUGUAGAUACGAAUAAGAAAAUGCGUAAAGAUUAUGAAGAGAUGGAACAGUCAAUUUAUAAUCAGCGAAUGGCCCGCGCCAAUCACCAGGCCAACGUUGCUGGUCACGGCCCAUCGGAUGAAGCUAAUAAAGAGGCAGCAAAGCAACUGGCUGAGUUGAAGUUCAAGCUUCAGGAAGCUGAACGUGAAAAUACCAAUCAUCAGGGCAGUAUAAUCCGAGUAGAAGGACAAAUGAAGCGAUUCAAAGCGAAUGCUGAAGCGCUUGAAAAGGAGUUAGAUGAAGUCAAAACACAAAAUCGGCAGCUUAAGAAAGAUCUGCGCGACAAGGAGAAUGCCCUCGACGAACAAAAGGAGACGAACAAGCAUCUGCAGAGCCGGUUGGAGAAGUACCGCAACCAGCGAGCUCGUCCACUCUGAUUCUGGCGCGAUCCGCGCACGCGAAGUUUGCAAACUGAGUGCUCACCGCUAGUGUCUCGCUUGUGUAGAUAUACAGAGUAGCAGCGCGUUUGUCGCUUCAUGUGAUCGCAUUGAUGAGAUGUCUUUUAUCGUCGCUGUUUUACCCUCGAUUAGUGCUCAGCGCUUUAUGGUGUUUAUCUAGGCAUAAUACGCACAAAUGCUCUUAUAUAUUUCUCUCUAUUCGCUGUUGUUCUCCCUAGCAUUUUGUCAUUCAUGGUAGCUGUCGCGUCGCAAAUCGCCGCUCGCACAGCGCAUCGCAGAAUCGCCAGAUCGCACUGAUCGCGGCGAUUUCAAUCAGUGUGUGCCUUUGCCAAAGUGCAUUUUCGAAUGUCUAGCUCAGCGCCUACUUCGCAAUCCCGCUGCUUUGUUUUCAUCAUCCCCUUCAAAUCCCGUCCACAUGCAAAAAUGAGUCGUUAUGGUGUGUACAGUCGUAGAAUUCUGCAAUAAAUCACUCCUAUGAGCUGCUUAAGCAAAUGCGUUCAAAUUCUUGUUAUAUGAUGCUGU